AUGCCUCAGUCCCUAGAUGAGCCUAGACCUCGUCCCGAUGGUGUGCCGCCUCUAGAAUGUCUUGUCGUUCCCUUACGAGGAUUUUUCUAUCCGCUCUGUCCAUCAUAUAAGACAAUAUACUAUCCUUGCUUGCGGAAACAUAUCGGCAAACAACAUGGUGUUCGUUGUGGCUCGACCUAUGCCUUAUCCUCUCAACCUUGUUUCCUACAACGCUGGACUGACUGGCGUAGCAAAGAUCCUGGUUAUUGGAUAGUGGAUGCCGCAGCCGUGUCAGAUUCUCAGCUGCAGUCAGAUGUUGACAAAAACAUCACAACAGCAGCAACAGCGCAAGACGUUGAGGGUCAGCUUGCUCACGACUUGGCCGUCAUGAAAGCUGAAGAAGAGCGCCGGCUUGCAGAAGAAUAUGACGAAGGGGCUUCCGACCUUGAUGAGGAUUCAGAGUGUAAUACUAGGAGCGAUCGGCUACGUGGAUGCAACUGGAAGAAUUGGUCCGCUAACAAGCCGCUCCGCGUGAUAAUAAGCGUCUCCAAACUGCCAAAGAUGACUCGUCUUGCUGAGAGACUGCAUAUUGGCAGCUGGUGCGGUCUUAACUGUGUCAGCGAGGUAGCGAAUGAACGAACACUAGCUGUCAUAUGUGUGGCCACCCGACAUGUACUCGAUCAUUGUGAGCGCACUUUGAAGGCAACACCGCGCACCCUGCGUUGUUGGCUGAAGAGCUGGUCUCAUGCUUACCAGCCCUAUGACUCCAAAAUCCCUCAAGCUGCAGCGGAGAGUCGCUACGAGCAUUCAUGGUGUCGUUUCGUCAGCAACGUGUAUCGUGUUCGUGCUCUAGAACGGCGUCUUGAUAAACAACUUGGAGAGCUUUCAUCUCUACGUCUUACCUGUACGCAAGAGUCUGCAAUGAAUCGGGUCUGGUCACUCGCUUUGGAAACUAAGUUCACGAUGACCGAGCACAAGCUGAUCGGUUCCGAGCCCACGAUAGUUAGGAUGCCAGAGUCACUCUUUGAGUUGAUUAUCCCUUUCUGGACCGACAGACCGAGGGACGGUAACCUUGAGCGCACACCCAUUGCAAACCUCUCUGGUAUGCUAGGCAUCGAUCCAUCCACGCUUGUGUUUCGGAAGCCCCAUAGCUAUACGACCAACCUCUCAGCACUCAUAUGGAUAGGGGGUCUUCUACUGCUAGACGUGUCUCCCAUCGGCUACCUGAUCGAACGGUUACAGCACGGUCGUGCUAUAGCGAAGCGUGAAGGGCCACCUGCCACCGUACGGUGGUCUCUAGAUGGUCGGACAUUACACGUUCAUGGUGCCGGCCUUACUAUCGGCCGUUUCCGACAAACGGUCUGUGGCGUGGUUGAGAGCACAGCACAGCAGAUCGCAGACAUACUUUUUCAAGUACAUAUACCGUACAACCUCCCAAUCUUGCACGACAGCAUGUGUAACGACAAGCCUGGUUAUUCUCUCUUGACGGAUCCGAGAAACAAAUUGAGGUCCAGCUUUCGCUCGACGGGAAUACUUUCGCUACCACAGGAGUAUCGAGCAAACUGUUCCGACGUCUACAACAACACUUUUGUGAUAGUCCACGCGCCCGGCAGAGUUAGCUUUAUGUCUAUCGAAGUAGCCGAACUGGCCCGCCGGCUUGGAACCAAAUAUGCUAGAACACAUCCAGGACUUGCAGUUCUCGCCGCUGAAGAAGUGUCCGACUACAUCUCUGCCAACCAGAGCACUUUGUCUCUUCCUCGUGCCAUCAUCGGUAGCCCAAAUUUCAUCGAGUCGUCCGGGAUCUAUAUCGUCUGUAUAUGA